CCCCGGGCGAGCGGCUCCGGCUUCAUCCGGCGGCCGGGGCCGCGGGAGACAUGAGGCGGCUGGCGCGGGUGGUGUUGCUGUGCCUGGGCUGCGGUUUGUGCUCGCUCCUGUACACCUUCAGCCAACUGGCUCUGUCGCUAGAACAGGAGGCGCCCUGGCGCCGGGGGGACUCCGCCUUUCCAGUCCGGAGGCAGCUGGGCGACGACGACACGCGCUUGGAAGCUGUGGCGGGAAGCGUAGGCCGCGACGAGAGACAGCGGCCGUCGGGUCCGGAGAGGUGUAAGAAUAUUUCUGUAUCUUACUGGAAUUCCUACUGGAUGCUGCCUUCUGAUGUUUGUGGAAGGAACUGCUUUUGGGAAACUGCCCAUAGAUAUGAUUUUCCAAGGCCUCAGCUUUCUGAAAGAAUGCAUUUGGCGGUGGUAGCCUGUGGUGAAAGAUUGGAGGAAACCGUUACUAUGUUGAAAUCAGCUCUUAUUUUCAGCAUCAGAAGUCUUCAGUUUCAUAUUUUUGCUGAGGAAUCAUUACAGAGUGACUUCAGAGAAAUACUUGACAAUUUGGCACAUAAUGAAAAUUUUAAUUAUACUCUGUACCCUAUCUCAUUUCCAACUGAGAACGCAGGAGAAUGGAAGAAAUUGUUCAAGCCCUGUGCUUCUCAAAGACUUUUUCUACCAUUAAUCCUCAGUAAUGUGGACUCUCUACUAUAUGUUGACACAGACAUCUUGUUCUUAAGACCAGUUGAUGAUAUCUGGUCUUUCCUGAAAAAAUUCAACUCUACUCAGAUUGCUGCUAUGGCACCAGAGCAUGAAGAGCCUCGUAUUGGGUGGUAUAAUCGCUUUGCUAGGCACCCAUAUUAUGGAAAAACUGGAAUCAACUCUGGAGUAAUGUUAAUGAACAUGACCCGCAUUAGAAGAAAAUAUUUCAAGAAUGAUAUGACAUCCGUACGAUUACAUUGGGAAGAAAUUCUCAUGCCACUGCUGAAAAAAUACAAGUUGAAUAUAACAUGGGGUGAUCAGGAUCUUUUGAAUAUUAUGUUUUUUCAUAAUCCUGAAAGCCUUUUUGUUUUUCCUUGUCAAUGGAACUAUCGGCCCGACCAUUGUAUUUAUGGGAGCAAUUGCAAGGAGGCAGAAAAGGAAGGAAUAUUCAUUCUUCAUGGAAAUAGAGGAGUUUACCAUGAUGAUAAGCAGCCAACAUUUCGUGCUGUUUAUUAUGCAAUUAAAAAUUAUUCGUUUGAAGACGACCUUCUCCAUGCAUUGCUUCUACCUCUUGAAGAGGAAUUACAAAAGACACAACAUACCUAUUGUGGAAGAAUAUACAAAGUGUUCCUAAAACAACUCACAAAAAGUAUAAGGGACCUUAGUAACAGAAGAACUAAGGAAAGGUGAUCAUUGCAAGUUCUGUUGUCCAGACUUUUGUACUGAACAGACCAAUGUCGGAAAAUAUUUGAUACCUGAAGGUUGUUCCUACAGAAAUGGUGUGCUCUAAUAUGUUGUUAUUUGAAGUUUGCAUUAUCUCCCAUUGAGGACAAAAUGAAGAUAGUGAGCAUGUUAGGUAUCUACAAGUUGAAGGUUGAAAAUAAUGAUGAAGCAUAGCUUGUGAAACCACAUGUAUCAUACAUCAGUGGUCCCCAACCUUUCCACCUUGGCAGCCUGGCCCAGCAUGGAGAAGUCAUGUGAUCAGCAGGCACAUGCACGCACGUGGACACAGCUGUGUUGGUGUGGGCACAUUCCCUCCACCCGCACAAAUGGAGCUCUGCAUGCAACCGGAGGGUGCUUCAGUGAAGGGUGUUUCUGUUCGCGCGCAAAGCUCCACUCACAUGAGUGGGGGGCACUUGUGCUUGCAUACAAAACUCCACUUGCACAAGUAGAG